AUGGGUGUUUAUUGCGCAUGGGGAGCCACUCAAGGAAUUUUUAGUAUUUUAUGUGGUGUUGCAUUCUCCUACAGCGGUGCCAAAGCAGCCAAAAGACUACAUAAUAAUGCAAUUAACCGUGUAUUAAGGGCACCAAUAAGUUUUUUUGAUACCACACCUUUAGGAAGAAUUAUUAAUCGUAAAGACAUUGACACAUGCGAUAGUUCACUUUCUGAAUCAUAUCGAAUGUUUUUUACAACCUUUUCGAGUACUAUUGGAACUUUUAUUCUAAUAGUAGUGGUGUUUAAGUGGUUUAUUAUUCCGUUGGUUCCUUUGACCAUACUUUAUUAUCUAGCAGCACUUUUUUAUCGGUCAUCUAAUCGGGAGUUAAAGCGUCUUGGUUCAGUAUUAAGAUCUUCGUUAUAUGCUCAUUUUUCUGAGACACUUACAGGGCUGCCGGCCUAUCGUGAACAAGAAAGCUUUUUGAGAAAUAAUGAAGUAUUCUUAGAUAUCGAAAAUAGAGCGAACUUUCUUACUAUAUGUGCCCAAUUAUGGCUUUCAGUGCGCCUUGAUACUAUUGCAAAUAUCUUAGUACUUUUUGCAGGUUUGCUUGCAAUAAUUUUUAGAUUUAAUAUUGCACCCUCAAUUACUGGAUUAGAAGCAAAUAUGAACUCAGUUGAACGUUUAGUUCACUACAGUGACAAUUUAGAAGUAGAGGCUGAGAAUAUAAUUCUGGGCAACAGGCCACCACCUAGAUGGCCAGCUCAUGGAGAAAUUCAUAUUAAAAAUUUGGAAAUUAGAUAUAAACCUGAUAGUUGUGGAAAAUCAACAUUGGCAAUGUCGUUCUUUAGAUUUAUUGAAGCAACUUCUGGAAGUAUUGUAAUUGACAAGGUUGAUAUUAGUACUAUUGGAUUAAAAGAUCUUAGAAGCAAUAUUACUAUCAUACCUCAGGAUCCCGUAUUAUUUGAUGGCACUAUAAGAAGCAACUUGGAUCCAUUAAAUGAGCAUAAAGAUCCCAAGUUAUGGAAUGCACUUCGUCGUGUACACUUAAUUGACCCUACUUCCGAAAAGGAAGAAUCAAAAAAUGUCCUUUCUAUUUCAGAACAAAAAAAUAACGAGAAAGAACAAAUAAUGCUUGACUCACCUGUCAAAGAAAAUGGAAGAAAUUUUUCUCAAGGCCAACAGCAGCUGAUUGCAAUGGCCAGAGCAAUAGUUCGUCAUUCCAAAAUAAUUAUAAUGGACGAAGCUACUGCUAGUAUAGAUUUUAAAACUGAUAAUCUAAUUCAGGCUACAAUUAGAGAAGAGUUCAAAGAUAAUACUAUUAUUACUAUUGCACAUAGGUUGCGAACGGUUGUAGAUUAUGAUAGAAUUCUAGUUAUGGAUGCCGGAAAUGUAGUUGAAUUUGAUAUUCCAUAUCUGUUGAUGCAAAAACCUGAUGGGUUGUUUAGAGAAAUGUGUGAAAAAAGUGGUGAAUUUGUAGAAUUAAUAGAAAUUGCCAAGCAGAAAUAUGAGA